AUGCCGGUUGGGGGCCUGUUGCCUCUCUUCAGCAGCCCCGCGGGCAGCGGCCUGGGCGGCGGCCUGGGCGGGGGUCUCGGCGGUGGCGGUAGGAAGGGAUCGGGCCCCUCCGCCUUCCGCCUGACGGAGAAGUUCGUGCUGCUCCUGGUGUUCAGCGCCUUCAUCACACUCUGCUUCGGGGCGAUCUUCUUCCUGCCCGACUCCUCCAAGCUCCUCAGCGGGGUCCUGUUCCACUCCAGCCCCGCCCUGCAGUCGGCCACCGAGCACAAGCCCGGGCCCGGGGGGCGCGCUGAGGACGCGGCAGAAGCACGAGCCCGGCGUGGCGAGGAAGGCGCGCCCGGGGACCCCGCCGUCCCCCUGGAGGACAACUUGGCCAGGAUCCGCGAAAACCACGAGCGGGCUCUCAGGGAAGCCAAGGAUACCCUGCAGAAGCUGCCCGAGGAGAUCCAAAGAGACAUCCUGCUAGAGAAGGAGAAGGUGGCCCAGAAUCAGCUGCGUGACAAGGCGGCAUUCAGGGGGCUGCCCCCGGUGGAUUUCGUGCCCCCCAUCGGGGCGGUUGGCCGGGUGCCCGCCGAUGCCGCCAUCUGCAAGAAGAGGGAAAAGAUCAAAGAGAUGAUGAAACAUGCUUGGUAUAAUUAUAAACAUUAUGCCUGGGGAUUAAAUGAACUGAAACCUGUAUCUAAAGAAGGCCAUUCAAGCAGUUUGUUUGGUAGUAUCAAAGGAGCAACAAUAGUAGAUGCUCUGGAUACACUUUUUAUCAUGGAAAUGAAAGAAGAAUUUGAAGAGGCAAAAUCAUGGGUUGAAGAAAAUCUAGAUUUUAAUGUGAAUGCUGAAGUUUCUGUUUUUGAAGUUAAUAUACGCUUCGUUGGUGGACUACUCUCAGCCUACUAUCUGUCUGGAGAAGAGAUAUUUCGAGAGAAAGCAGUGGAACUUGGGGUAAAAUUGCUACCUGCAUUUCAUACUCCCUCUGGAAUACCUUGGGCAUUGCUGAAUAUAAAGAGUGGGAUUGGAAGGAACUGGCCCUGGGCCUCAGGAGGCAGCAGCAUUCUGGCCGAAUUCGGAACCCUGCACUUGGAGUUCAUACACUUGAGCCACUUAUCAGGAAACCCCAUCUUUGCUGAAAAGGUAAUGAAUAUUCGAACAGUACUGAACAACCUGCAAAAACCACAAGGCCUUUAUCCUAACUAUCUGAAUCCCAGUAGUGGACAGUGGGGUCAAUAUCAUGUAUCAGUUGGAGGACUUGGAGACAGCUUUUAUGAAUAUUUGCUAAAGGCAUGGUUAAUGUCUGACAAGACAGAUCUAGAAGCUAAGAAGAUGUAUUUUGAUGCUGUUCAGGCAAUUGAGACUCACUUGAUCCGCAAGUCCAGUAGGGGACUGACUUACAUCGCAGAGUGGAAAGGGGGCCUCCUAGAACACAAGAUGGGCCACCUGACCUGCUUUGCUGGAGGCAUGUUUGCACUUGGGGCAGACGAUGCUCCCAAGGGCCGGACCCAGCACUACCUUCAGCUCGGGGCUGAGAUUGCCCGUACCUGCCACGAAUCUUACAAUCGCACGUUUGUGAAACUGGGACCAGAAGCUUUCAGAUUUGAUGGCGGUGUUGAAGCCAUUGCUACAAGGCAAAAUGAAAAAUACUACAUCCUACGGCCAGAGGUUGUUGAGACUUACAUGUACAUGUGGCGACUGACUCACGAUCCGAAGUACAGGAAGUGGGCCUGGGAAGCUGUAGAGGCCCUGGAGAAGCACUGCAGGGUGACGGGAGGCUACUCGGGCCUCAGGGACGUUUACCUCAGACAGGACAGCUAUGAUGACGUGCAGCAGAGCUUCUUCCUGGCAGAGACACUCAAGUAUUUGUACUUAAUAUUUUCUGAUGACGAUCUACUUCCACUGGAACAUUGGAUCUUCAAUACCGAGGCACAUCUUCUCCCUAUACUCUCUACAAAUAGAAAAGAAGUUGGAGUUGAUGAAUAAUAAAAAGACAUUUUAUAUUGUACUCUGCUCCAUUGCCGUCACUGCAUACCUUAACAGUUCUUCUGGUAUUCAGGCACAGGAUGAAUUUUUAUUACUAGGUCUGUGAUUAUUCUAAGUUCUAAAAUUGUUUUGCAGUCUUUUAUGUUUAUUAUCAUAGGCUUAGAUGGACUCAGAUUCCUUGUCGUAUCUUUUAUUAUUCAGUCAGUAAAUCACAGAUUUUUUUUAAGUAAUCUAUUAUCUCUGGAGUUCAUGCAGGUGGAGUAUCAUUUUUAUUAGACUGAAUAGAAUGGGAUACCAGUGACCUCUUAAUUACAAUUUUGAUUUGACUGCAAAACUUCUCCCUCCUCUAUGAGGAGAUGAUGUCUGCUUUAAGCUGUAAUGUUUUGCCAUGUUGCAAAAAGCCAUAAUAAUAAAUUAAAUAUUAAAAAAGCUUUUUCCUUUUUAAUUUUAUGUUAAUAUGGUUUGUCUAUCCAGCAGAGACAGAUCUUAUAACUGUGACAGCCUCCUUAUGCGGGUCUAUCAUUAUUUGAUAGAAUGUCUUCUAAAAUAUUUUACUUGCAUUUCAAUUCAAAAUAGAAUGUCAUCCCAAAAGGAUCAUGUCAUAUUGACCUCAUUUCAUUGGAACCACAGUAUAUUUUUGUUGUUGAAUUAUAUUAGUGUUUCCUAAUUGGUGAAUUAGUUCUCAAAUUUUACUUGAAAUGUCCUGUGUUAUUUCUGAGUCACAUGCUGGUUAAUUCCUUCCAUUCCCCACCACACAGCAAAGUGAGCUUGUAAGUUUUGCAGAUCCCUGCUAUUACUCAAUUAUAUUUUCUAAAGGGAAAUAGUAUUGCUCUUUAGUGUGUUAGAUUUUGCUUUUUACUAAAUAUAUGAAGAAUUGGGUCUCUCUAAACAAGAGGGUAAAUAUUUCAUAUGGUUUUUAAUUUGCAUUUCAUAUUUAACUUUUUUUCUUAAAGUAAAGAAAGCGUUACAUUUGGUUCAGAUUUUUCAGAUUUGUAAAGGGCCCUUUCUCAAAUGUAGUCAACUACUUCAUUUCAGUUUAUGAAAGCAGAAUUUAACUCUGAAAGAAGCUUUACCAAUGUACCUAUUCAUGGUCAAUUGAGGAAAAUCUAGUAAACUUUUAGGUCAAAUAAGAAUAUAGUCUAUUUUGUCUGGCUAAAUUCAACAUAGCCAUCCCAGCUUAGAAAGACUAUGUAGGAAUGGAUGCUCCCAAUCUCCCUCAAUUUUUUAGCAGAUCAAAAUAAGUAUAUGGUUCUUCAAAGCGUUGUUUUGAGAUAUGAGUCGUUUUCCCAAGAAUAGAUUUGGUAACACCUUGUGUUUUCUUCUCACAUUGGAUCAUAUUAUAUGUAUGUCCUCAUGAAAGGGCUAAUGGGGUGUUUGUAUUCUGAGGCACAAAGACUUCAACCACCUGCAUUGUCAGCGUGCAGUGGUCAGCAUGCAGUGCAAGGCCAUGGAUUUGGUUGAAGCAGAUGAAGUUGCUGCGUUUGUAGUUUUAAAACUAGCCAAUGUCAACAAUUUCAUAUGGUUCAACCUAAUAUUUUUUAACACAGUUAUUUUCGUGGAUCUCUAUGGACUUGUUUUAGCUAUUUCAGCCAUUAGACAUGUUUCAAAAGAUUUUCUUUGUCUGAAAGGACCACCUUAUGUGACCUCUUUUUUUUAAUAUUGUACAUUGGUAUACAAAGAAUAUGUCAAAGAAUAAAUAAAAUUGGUAAAUGAAAAGCAUCCUUUAAUACAUCAUUAUUGCCAUGCUAAUGUGUUGUGAGACCCAGAAUAUCUUCCACUCAUAGGUUCAGCUCAUCUUAUGAAAUGAAAUGGUGAGAGUUCUCUUUUCCCAGGACAUAAAGGCAAAAUAUAAAAAAUUAUUGCAAAAAUUGGGCCAUGUGUAUUUAGAUUAUAAUUUCCUAGAAACAUCCUUGGGCUAACAAUUUAAGUUAACUUAUUUUCUUUGCUUUUAAAUUUGAUUUGAAAGAGCACAAAGCGGAUAUGUAUUUCUGCAACAGAUAGGAUUUUAAUAUCAGGUUUAUGUACACUGCACUACAAUGUAUCCUGAUAUAAGUAGGCAAAAAGAUUGUAUUAGACGUUGUUCUGCAAAUCACAAGAAUAAAGUUUUUUAAAUUCUACAACUUGGAUUAUUUGUA